GUGAUCAGCCGCCCUUCCCCCACAGCACUCUCUGAUCGCGCGCGCGCCCUUCCCCCACAGCACUGUCUCUGACUGACUCGCUGCAGAUGAGAUGAAUGAAUGAACUAACAAAAGUCUUGUGAGCUCUAGUUUACAGCAGACCUGCACGUUUUGAAUAUUCUUAUUUGUAAUUCUCUUAAAAACUUUAUGAUGUGGUGUUAUUUUAUAAAAAUUAGUGCACACCGGGUACUUUUUGCUCUUUUAAACCAGUGCUUGUACGGACAUGCGCACUGGUUCGUAGUUUGAGGUGGGUGCUCGGUUAAAAAGUGAUCAUGUGCUCUGUCCACUAGAAAGACUAACUUCAUCACAUUUUUUUUUAAGUUUGAAGAAACAGUACUGUGGUUAAAACAAAUAUCAUUGCCACCAGAUAAUUUUCUAUUAGGCCAAAUAAAUGUAGUCACAAUUUCAACGUGAAAUCCAAAUACGUAACUACGUCAUUUACGCAAGUCAGCGACGGUGGUGUUUUCCCGGGAAAUGCAGACACGUGACGAUGGAACGCGCGAAACAGACGACAAACAACCCACCAGGAGGAAAGUCAUUUCAAGAAAGAAAGUCGCCAUGCUGGGAAAUAAAAGACGUAGGAAACCUCUGCAGGACGCUGAGCAUCAUCACAUUACCUGUAAAACUGACAAGCCUGGGCUUCGAGAGCAGUUCAUCAGCAAAUAUAAAGGGCGUGGAGUUUUCACCACUGGAGCUUUUUUCAGAGGUGAUUUUGUUCUUGAAUACAGAGGUGAACUUCUGAGUUCACAGGAGAGUCUGGACCGAACUGGACACUACACUGAAGCUGAGAACACGUUCCUGUUUGAUUUUCAGUGGCAUGGCAAAUAUUGGUGCAUGGAUGCAUCUAAAGAAGACUCGUCUUUGGGAAGACUUGCAAACGAUGAGACCAGAAAUCCUACUUGCAAAAUGAGAACCGUUGAAGUGAGCAGAAAACCUCACCUGUGUCUGUUUGCUGUACGAGACAUUCUACCAGGAGAGGAAAUCACUUACAAUUAUGGAGACUCAGAUUGGCCAUGGCGAGUCAAGCCUUUGAAUAAAGCAUCAGCAGAAUCCACUGAUAAAAAGCCAGCCAGCAGUUUGCGCCGGCAUAAAUCCCCCCAUUGUGCAGCUUCUGUUUCCUCUCCUGAACUGGACAAGGUAAACAGCAAUGGUCCUCAUAAGCAGUCAGGCAAAGCAAGAACAUCAAGGAAUAAAACGGCGGCCAGUCUCUUUUUUUCUGUAGCCACUCCAAAGUCCAAGUCACCCACAUCACCUUCAACCUCGCCUGUGCAGCCCUCAUCAUCCUCGCCUGCCUACAGAGGAGGAGAGUGCAUCAACAAAGCUGCUUGCGAAUGUGGCAUAAAGAACCUUGAAGCACUGUCAUCAACUAGGCUUAGGAAACACAUAGCAACCAUGUCUAAAAUUCUUAACCUUAAUGAGAAUGAAGCAGACCAACUGGCUGAUUUCCUUGGUCACAAUAUCAGAAUCCACAGACAGUAUUAUCGGUUACCAGAGGGAACACUGCAGCUGGCAAAAAUGAGUAAAGUCCUAAUGGCCAUGGAGAAAGGAACACUGUCUGACUACAAAGGAAAGAAACUUGAUGACAUUGAAAUCGACCCAAAUGAGCAACUUGAGGCCCAAGGUGAUUCCAUGUCAAGUGAUGAGGAGGAUUCCGUGACCUAUCUCAGACACCAGCACCAGUACAGACUGAUCAACCUGUUCAAUCUGAACAAGCUGUUUCACAGGAGGAUAAAGGUUCUUCAAAUGCUCCAAAAAAAGAAAUGGGAGGACAGUGAGGUAAAAGCAGUAGAGAGACACAUGAUGAGUUUCAUCAAGACAUGCAAAGUUCCUGGUAAGCAAGACUGUGAAAGAUGCAUUCACGCAGAGCCAGAAGCUUUGAAGCAGCGAACAUGGACUGGUGUGAAAAAUUAUGUGCGGAACAGGAUCACGACUCCUAAAAGAAAGGGUGGUUUGUAGGGAGGCACAAACACUUCAACACUUUGCACAUUAUGCUCUUUUUGUAAGAAAUGGAGCUAAAUUAAAAGAAAUUAAGAUAAAGGUGUAGACAUUAAAAUUAAGAGACGCUCGCGCUGUUUGCAUACUUUACCACAGCUGAAGUAGAAAAAAUGCAUUAUUUUACAAAUACACAGAUAUUUCGGAGACAUUUUCAUUCAAUACAUGCACUGCUUGAUACAGUGUCUGUUUGUACAAGAAUAAAGUUCAACAUAAGCCUAAAUACAAACGUAAAGCGGGAAGAGAGAAUGUAAAGGGGGACGUUAAAGGACGUAAAGUAGAAGAGCAUGUAAAGGGGACGUAAAGAGGGAGGAAUGUAAAGGGGAUGUAAAGAGGGAGGAGAGAAUGUAAAGGGGACGUAAAGAGGGAGGAGAGAA